GGAAGCGAGCGAGCGAGGCAGCGCCGGGCCCGAGCCUGCCGGGAAGGAGGCGCGGGCAGGCGGCAUGGAGUAGGGGCCGGGGCGGCCCGGCGAGCGGAGCAGGCGGCAUGGAGCUGAGCCCGGGGCCCUGCGCCGAGAUGCUGCAGGUGGCCGAGGAGGCCUUUCGCGGCGGCAACUUCGAGCUGGCGGCCGAGAUCUACGGCUCGCAGCUGGCCGAGCUGCCGCAGCCCGAGCGGGGCCUCUGCCUGCGCCGGGGGGACGCGCUGGCCCGCGCCGGCCGCAUGGCCGAAGCCCUGGAGGCCUACAGCGCCGCCGCCCGGCUGGCCCGCCUGCGGCCCGAGGAGCUGCGGGAGCUGGCGGAGAGCCUGGCGCUCAGCCUCCGCGAGAAGGCGCUGCGCCUGCCGCCCUGGCCCGGCGGCGGCCCCGAGGGGGCGGGCGAGGCCCUGGGCGACCCCGCCUGCUGCCGCCCGCCGGAGCUGCUCGGCUGCCCCCUGUGCCGGCGGCUGCUCUGCGAGCCGGUGACCCUGCACUGCGGCCACACCCAGUGCCGGCGCUGUGCCGAGCCCGGCGACUGCGGCCGCUGCCACCGGCCGCGGCGCAUCGCCGACGCCCCGGGCCCCGCCAGCGCCCGGGUCAACGUGGUGCUGGGCAACCUGCUGGAGAAGUGGCUGGAGGGGGAGAGCCGGGCGCGGCGGCUCCGCGCCGAGGGAGACGAGCUGCGGGACAAGCAGGAGCUGCUGGCCGCGCUGGAGAAAUACAACCAGGCCCUGGAGACCGCUCCCUGCAAAUGUUCGUUAAUAGCACAACGAGCAGAACUGUGGAUAACCAUGAAAAACUAUCAACAAGCUCUCCAUGAUGCAGAUGCACUCUGCCAAAACAAACCCCUCUGGCCCAAGUUCAGGUUUGCCGAUUAUGGCUGCAUGCUAGAGAUCAGGGAUGUAAAGUUUUUUCCUGAUGGGCGUUCAGUUGUUGAUACGGUUGGUGUUCGUCGGUUUAAGGUCUUGAACCAUGGUCAACGGGAUGGGUAUAACACUGCGAACAUUGAAUAUCUUGAAGAUAAAAAGGCGGAGGGAGCAGAGUAUGAAGAACUUGUCCGUCUUCAUGAUUCGGUUUAUGAUCAAGCUGUUGCCUGGUUUACUUCCCUUAAAGACAACAUGAAAGCACAAAUUCUCAAUCAUUUUGGAUCAAUGCCAGGAAAAGAAUCGGAGCCACAGAGUAACCCCAGUGGCCCAGCCUGGUACUGGUGGCUAUUGGCAGUGUUGCCAUUAGAAAACAGGGCUCAGCUGGCUAUACUUGCUAUGACUUCCCUUAAAGAUCGUCUUAUUGCCAUCAGACGUGUAUUAAUAUUUGUAACACGCAAGAGACCCAGAUGACAUGGACUUAGCUGUGAACAGGCACUGACUGUAUGUUGGUAGAUAUGUUUUUAAAAACCGUCAUGCAGAGAUGAACAGUUCUUUCUGGUUGUGUCUGACAUUCGCUAUUCUGGAUGUUCACCAAACUUUGCACUCUACUCUGUAAUUAAUAAGCACUCUGUGCCUGUCGUCCUAGUGAAAUCUGAGCCCCUAUGAAGUUGUGCUACAAUUACAAUGUAGUUGGUAGUUGUGGAUAACUACUUUGAAGUACUAUUCCUAAUCAAGAGUUGAUGUUUCUAGCCUGUGAGAGACUGAGUUUUAUGUACUAGAACACCACAAAUGGCCUAUGUGCAGUUUGGAUUUACACUUUGCAAGAAUUAUUUUCCCUUCAAUGGAUCACAGACUGAAGAUGGACUUAUUACAAUUUUCCUGAGAUGGUCAGCAGAAGGGAAACCGAACUUUCCUGUGGAUAAAGAAUGCACAAAGUGCAUAGCUGACAGGAUGUUCUCUUAAUGAGUUGGUAGAUUCUCUCUGCACUUUGAUCUACUUGUUCAAGAAAUAUUGGUCUAUAAAACAAUUUUCAAGAUUAAGGUUUUGGAGGUUGUCCAGGAGCGUAGUAUUUACAUGGUCACGGCUGUGUGUCAGAAAGAGUAGUAGCUACUGAACAGCAAUUUGGUAGUCUUAAGUAAUCCCUUGUGUUGUGAUUUGCAUGUUGUAGUGGAAUGAGUAUAUCAAAUGUCAAAAGUGUGCAUUUAUUUUUAUAAAAUCAAAGUAAUCCCAGCAGGUCUGUUAUCACUAAACACAAACCAAACAAAUUCUCUAAAACAUGAAACUAGUCAAAGGCUAUUGUGAAAUAGCUAUUUCACUCCAAAUUCUGGGAAAGCAUGCUGUAGUACUCAGCUGAUGUGUGUUCUUAAAGUAAACUUGGCUAGGAUAAGCAUUGGGGAAGAUUCCAUUUCCCUUCCCACCUUCAAAUGAUGUGCCAAGCUAAUGUUACAUUAGAACAAUAUUUGUUAGAACUUUGUGUUUAAAAGUUGGUGUUAUGUUUUAUAUCAUAAGUGCUGCACAUGGUUAGAACCUUGGUCUGUGAUGACAUCCAUAGAAGGAGGUCCAAACUAAACACUAACAAAAGGCAAGUCUCAAUGCAAGCUUAAGUCAGGUGUCCUCUUCAUUUGUUUGUCUUGGUUUUUAAUAUAUUGGUUUUGUUAAUAUCUUUCUUUGAUAGCUAUUGAAUAUGUUGCUGGUUAGUCAAACUACUUAGUUUUCUAAAUAGCCACUGAAAUAAUGAACAGUGUUACUAAUUUAAUUGUGUAGCUUCCUAUAAGUAGAAGUAAUUUUACCAACAUGAAAAGUUAGCCAGAAUCUGUGCGCUCAAAGUAUAGCGAGAUGCUUUUAGAGACACUUGUUCAUGUGCAACACUCUGGUAUGAUAAAAAUGGUGUCUUAUCUACAUGUUUAAAGUGCCUAGUUUUUAGUUUGCUUUGAAUCUUUUUUUGUUUUGUUUUUGUCCAUGAAGAUAUAUAUUAAAUAUUUGCACAUGAGUUCUAGAAGAAAACUGCAUAAACAAAUGCAUUAACAUGUAUUGACUGCUUUCUUGGAUACUGUAAUUACAACUUUUGUGGUCUGGGAAACUAAAGUAUCUAGUACAGUGGGUUUCAAACUUUUUUCAUUUGAGGUCACUUACAAAAAACUUCAAAUGGAGGUGUGGACCCCUUUGGAAAUCUUAGACACAGUCUAUGGAUCUGCAGGGGUCCAUGUACCACAGGUUGAAAACCAGUGAUCUAGUUAACUUUUCUUUCAGCAAACCUUUACCAGAAAUGGUUUCUGUAACCUGCUCUGAAUGUACUGUAAUUGCCUCUACCUUGAACGCGCCUUUUCUAGUUAAAUAGUGAUUUGUAAUUUAUCCUUUGAAUUGUGAAGUGCAUAACUUACAACCAAUGAUGUCGUAAUCUCCACAAUAGCCUUGCUGCAAGUUCUGCUACCGUCAUAAGAGUACUAAAAGUAAAAGCUGUAUGAGAUUCCCGAGAGGGUUGAGAAGGCAUCCGAGCCCCAAAGCUGCAAACAAAACAGCUUGAAGUCUUUUGGGGCACUUCCCCCUCCAUCCAUGCAUUAGUAACUCUCAUACUUCACCCCAGUGUUUUUCCAGUUAACCCAUUUUAGACUACCAGCACUUUAGGUAGUUCACCUUCAGAGUUUGGCAACCCAACUCAUUUUCAGUUAGGAAAAUGAAUUCUCUUUGUGAACUUUCA